AUGUCGUUGAAAAGAGCCAAUAAGGCAACGUUUCCGCCACACAGCACAACAAAACCAAAAUCAUUCACAUCAUCGGGGCAAUCAUUUUAUGAGUCCAAAAGAGCUCGGGCUAUUGAAUCAAAUGGUGAAUCAAUUGAGCAGUCUCCUCAAUCGGUUUUAACUCAAAUUCAAACUAUCGACGACAAAAUUCAAGCUCAAUCUCAAUCAACUUUGGUGAGCAAUGAUAUCUACUAUCAAAAUGUUCGUGGCCUUCGCACCAAAUCAAAACAAUUCUUUGGAAACUCCACAUUAUUUUCGCAUUCGAUCGUCGUUUUAACGGAAACGUGGCUGAAUAAAUCACAUUUUUCGUCAGAAUUCAUUGACAAUUCUUACCAUGUCUAUCGCAAAGAUCGUUACGAGACUGGUUCACUGUUGAGUCGUGGUGGUGGUGUUCUCAUCGCAGUUAGCUCUAAACUGACAUCCAUCAACAUUGUACUCGAUAAUGCAAGUCAAUUAGAAUAUGUUUGCGUUAAGGUCAACAUCAAUGCAAAAUUCAAUGUCUUCAUUUAUGUGGCUUAUAUUCCACCUCAUUCACAGCCGGAUAUUUUUCAAAGCCACUUGUCCGCAAAUAACCAUAUUCCAUCAAAUCCAAAUGAUACCAUCAUUAUUAUGGGUGAUUUCAAUCUUCCCCUGAUCAAUUGGAUUACAGAUGAUGCUGAACAUAAUGUUCUCAUCCCAACUUGCAUCACUCCUCAACAUGCGGCCGAUUUUAUUGAAGGCAUCACAGCAAAUGGUGUAUACCAAAUCAAUUCCAUUCGCAAUGCCAGUGAUAGACUCCUGGAUUUGGUCUUCACAAACGAUUUUUUGAAUGUUGAAGUGUCUUGCCCGCCGCCCUUGUCUGCCAUUGAUGAACAAUACCAUCCACCAAUUCUACUGACGUAUGAAUGGCACAUAAACGACGUUAAUGAAGAGCAAAUUUCAACUCGAAGCUUUUUUAAAGCCGACUACAUUGCGAUGAACAGGUACUUUGCUGAAAUCGACUUCUCUCAUCGCUUCUCAAAUAAAUCCCUUGACGAAAAGGUUGAUAUUUUACACCAAAUACUCAACGAUGCGAUCAGCAAACACGUGCCCACUCAGACAAAAAAAGUUCAAUCGAAAUGUCCGUGGAAAAAUAAGCAACUGCAAUCAUUCAAAAACAAAAAGAACAAGGAGUGGAAAAGAUCGAAAAUAACUGGUGAUAACUCAAAUUAUCUGCAUGUUCUCGACAAUUACACCAAACUAAACACGGAACUUUACAACAAUUAUGUCGACAAAAUGACUUCUUCGUUAAAGUCAAAUUCAUCAUCAUUCUGGCGCUUUGUCAACACUAAGAAAAAUAGUGACUGCGAUCCGAAAUUGCUGAAUUUUGGAGACAUAUCAUCGGUUGACAAAAAGGAGCAAGCAGAAAUGUUUGCAACAUUUUUCAAAAAUAACUUCUUGAUUCAACCUUCACAAUUUCAAAAUACAGCUCUAAUCCAAACUCAAACAAAUUCAAACGUGGAUCAAUUCAAACUUAACGAAUAUUCCGUUUUCGAUGAGCUGCUGAAAUUAGACUCAAAGAAAGGUGCCGGUCCUGAUGGGAUUCAUCCAAUUCUUCUGAAAAAUUGUGCUCAACGAUUUUCAAUGAAUCACUUUCGUCUGGACAUUUUCCCACCAAAUGGAAGCGUUACAGCGUCGGACCAAUCUUCAAGAAAGGAUCGCGUUCUAACGUUGAAAACUAUCGCUGCAUCGCCAAAUUGCCAACGAUAG